GAAGAACUAGCAAAUGUGAUGCUUAUCUUAGCAUUUAUGAAAUGAAAACCACAUGAAUUGUUUUGAGACUGACAGUUAUAUUCUGAUUCUUCAUUGUUUAGGACUGCUAGUGUCCAGUAGAAGUAUCUAAAUUAGUUCUUCAUGUUACCAUUUUAAAAGGGUAUUGUAAUUAGUAUUUUCUUUACAGGGAGAAGAGAAUUUAUCCAAAGAUUAAAACUUGAAGCAACCUUGAAUGUGCAUGAUGGAUGUGUGAAUACAAUUUGCUGGAAUGAUACAGGAGAAUAUAUUUUAUCUGGUUCUGAUGACACCAACCUGGUUAUUACCAAUCCUUACAGCAGAAAGGUUUUAACAACCAUUCGCUCAGGACACCGGGCUAAUAUUUUUAGUGCAAAAUUCCUACCAUGCACCAAUGACAAACAGAUUGUAUCUUGUUCCGGUGAUGGGGUCAUCUUUUAUACUAAUAUUGAACAGGAUGCGGAGACCAACAGACAAUGCCAGUACACGUGCCACUAUGGAACCACCUAUGAGAUUAUGACAGUACCAAAUGAUCCCUAUACUUUCCUCUCUUGUGGUGAAGAUGGCACUGUACGAUGGUUUGAUACUCGAAUCAAAACAAGUUGCACAAAGGAAGAUUGUAAAGAUGAUAUUUUAAUAAACUGUCGUCGUGCUGCCACUUCUGUUGCUAUCUGUCCACCAAUCCCGUACUAUCUUGCUGUGGGUUGUUCUGAUAGCUCAGUAAGAAUAUAUGAUCGGCGAAUGCUUGGUACAAGAGCAACAGGGAAUUAUGCUGGUAGGGGCACUAUUGGGAUGGUGGCACGUUUUGUCCCUCCUCAUCUCAAUAACAAAUCUUGCCGAGUAACGUCUCUAUGUUAUAGUGAAGAUGGUCAAGAGAUCCUUGUUAGUUACUCUUCAGACUACAUAUACUUGUUUGAUCCCAAGGAUGAUACAGCACGAGAACUUAAAGUUCCUUCCUCUGAGGAGAGACGAGAAGAGGCAAGUAAUUAAGAUGAUCUGUUUUCA